AUGUUUGCCUUCCUGAUUUGCAUCUUGACUCUGCAGCAAGUUCACUCUGCCUGCGUUGUGCAAGACAUUUGCACUGAAAACUCAGCGGUUCAGGCUGAGAUCGUUGACGUUCACAAUGCCUUCCGGAGAGAAGUUCAGCCGACUGCUUCUGACAUGCUGUUAAUGAGCUAUAGUGAGGAUGUAGCAGUCAGUGCUCAGGACUGGGUUGACAAAUGUUUACUUCGUCACGGACCACCCAGCACCCGCAUGCUCAAUGGAUAUGAACAAGGUGAGAAUCUGUUCUAUUCAUCUUCACCUCUGUCGUGGACGGACGUCAUCGGUGCCUGGCACAGUGAGGUGUCACACUUCCUGUAUCCCAAUGGCUCCUCCGACGGCAAAACUAUUGGUCACUACACACAGGUGGUGUGGAACAGCUCCUACAGAGUUGGCUGUGGGAUGACAUUGUGCCCUAACAACAUCUAUUUAUAUGGCUGCCAUUAUUACCGAGCAGGGAACUUCAGAGGAUGGAUACCUUACAAGGCUGGAACCCCGUGUGCUUCCUGUCCCAAUCACUGUGUAGACAAACUCUGCACCAACCCCUGUCCUUACAUAAACAAAUUCAUCAACUGUCCAACCUUGAAAGACACAACUGGAUGCAAAAAUUCUUUCGUGAAGUCUUGGUGUCCUGCUUCGUGCAAAUGCAUCGAUGAAAUCAUUCCAAUAUACUAA